GAUGGUGGUGCAUGUGAAUGGGAGGACGUGUGACUCGCAGAGCCAUCACUUCAAGGGCCCGUGCUUCAGUAACAACAAUUGUGCUAAUGUGUGUCUGAACGAGGGUUUCUCCGGCGGACACUGCAAAGGGUUCCGGCACCGGUGCUUCUGCGAGAAGCCUUGUUGAAUUUCAUUG